AAAGACAUCUGACCUGCUCUCAGCAGUAGCACACACUGCAAACAAACAUGAGGACAGCAACGUUGAUCCUGUUUUGUGUCACAGUCUUCGGAGCUGGACUUGCUCAGUCCCCUGGUGGAAGAUCUGAGAAAUGUCUAUGCAGAGGGAAACUAAUGCAGUCUGUGAGGAUAAAACGCAUCCAAAAGUUAGAGGUGUACCCAAAUACUGUCUUCUGUGCAAAGACAGAACUGAUUGCCACAAUGAAGAAUGGUAAGAAAAAGUGUCUGAACCCAGAGGGCAAACUAGGAAAAAGAUUCCUGAUGAGAAAAAGACUGGAGGUGCAACAGAAGCGAAAAGCAGGACUGGGAAGGAAGAACAAAAAUAAUUCUAAUCCCUGAGUUGGUACAGAAUUAGAAAAUAGAUUAAAGCCUCACACCUACAAGUGUGCAUUGGUCAAGCUGGAGACAGUCACUGCAGCCUGUCUGGAGGUGUUUCCUUCCCGGAGGAGGUGGUUCCUUCCUGGAAUAGGUUCAUAGUAGACAAUGUGUCCAUGCAUUCCAUUCCCAUGUCAACAGGAGAACGGACAAGAUGUUG